UGCUUUUGCCUGCUGAGGACAAAUGCUUCGGGAGUAGCCGGUGGAGCGUGGAGCGUGGAGCCAGGCCCUCGUCAGCCGGAAGUUCAAAUCGGCGAUUUCUCGUCAGCGCAACGACUCAUGCCAUCAGACAUCAGACUCUCGGUUCUCGUCGAAGCACAAUGCAGGCGCUGCGGAGUGCGUCCCCUGUGUGCUCUUGUUCCUCACAGGACUUUGCCCCGAGUUCUGUUCGCAAGAAUGUAGCCUGUUCGGAGCGGAGCUUUGUCGCUCUGAAGUCGACUUCCCGUGUCUGGAGUUCAUUCGUCCCGAGGUACAGCCACAAUGUCACGGUGAGCCGACACCCUCAGAUUCGAGCUAGCGCCAUGGGUGAAACAGAAUCCUCCACGGGCGAGCCCGGCUGGGUUAUGGUCAAUGGCCUCUCGGGAAAAAUGGGCCUUGAGACAGCCAAGGCAGCGCUUGAGGCUGGUCUCCAGCUCGUUCCUUACAGUUUCACAGGACGAAUGGGUCCAGACCAGGGGCCCUUAUCUAAAAUAGACGUAGAGGGUGUCGAAGUAGAGGUUUAUGGUUUUGGACAACGAGAGCUAGCAAUGGAUCUAUGCAAACAAGUGUCUAGACGAGCGGUGGUAAUUGACUACACGGUUCCUGCUGCAGUCAUUGGAAAUGCGAGUUUGUACUGCUCCGCUGGCGUCCCUUUCGUCAUGGGUACUACCGGUGGUGACAGAGAGAAGCUUAUGAGAAUAGUUAAUGACUCUAAAAUAUGCGCCGUCAUAGCGCCACAGAUGGGGAAGCAGGUUGUUGCGUUCCAAGCUGCCAUGGAGAUCAUGGCCGAACAGUUUCCGGGAGCAUUUUCUGGUUACAAAUUAAAGGUAACAGAAUCCCAUCAGUCUACGAAACUGGACACAUCAGGCACAGCCAAGGCCGUUAUUAGUAGCUUCAAAAAGCUGGGCCUCAAUUUUGACCUUGAUCAGAUUACAUCUGUCAGAGAGGAAGAAGGUUAUAAAGCGAUGCAAGUUCCUGAGGACUACUACAACGCUCAUGCCUUCCACACUUAUCGUGUCUCGUCUCCAGAUGACACGGUUGCUUUCGAGUUCAAACAUAAUGUUUGUGGGAGGAAAAUCUAUGCCCAAGGGACAGUUGACGCCGUCCUCUUCCUCAUGAAUAAGAUUCAGAAGCAAACGGAUGGAGAACUGGAGGGUAAGGUUUUUAACAUGAUAGACGUCCUUCGAGAGGGUAACAUGAGAUGAAAAGUCUCCUCACGUUGUUGCGCCAACUGGUUACUGUCCCAGAGGGUACCGGACAGUGAAUGCAUUCAAUCACAGUAUUGCGCGUAUUAGAAAGAGCGUCGCUACCGCAUGAUGUCUACCACAUUUGGACAACAUGUGCAGGGUACUUCCCGUAUCAGUGGUGAAGUACCAGUUGGAUUUGACUCCAUCCAAGCCUUUUAAGGCUUGGAUGCAGUUUUUGCGUUUCCUAUAAAAUGGCCAUCUUUUUAAUCCCCAAGCUCUUCGGGGUUUUUCUUAUCUUAGCAGAUGUGAACCUGUAAGUAGAAUCUUCUAUCAAAAUCCUUUCAUCGUGCAAAAUUUAACUUUCAGUAUCUAUCAGUCUAUCACAACAGCUGUCACUUGUGGUCACUUGAAUAGAUUCUCUCAAAUUUUCAAUGUCCUUGAAUUCUGCAUCGGUGAUCUCAAGAAGCGGAGCUGUUUCAUGGACUUCUCUGACUUGCAUGUUUACAUGUUUUGAUAUCCGUAUGGACACUUCCAUUGCGCGCUUCUAUUCUUGAGACAUGAUAAUACGGCGGUGGGUACGAACGUAUUGGCUUGGGGGCGAAGCAAAGUAUGAUAUAUGCUCCUGGUGUUGCCGGGAAAGUCAUACUCUGAGGAUGCCGUUAAAUGUUGGUCGAGCUGAAGGAGACUGAUAUUGUUCAUUAAGAACAACGACGUCUAUGCCGAGUCAGAAAGAGAACUUCACCUCUGGACGAGCAUCAACCGAUGAGUAAUCAAGUGAACAAGCUGGUGUGACACCACAGGAGAGCAUUCACACAUUCAUAAUUAUGGAAAUUUUGGAAUGCUAUCGCAGGACUUGACGAUCAUCUCAGAUGCAAAUAAGCCCUUAAUAUUUUCGUGAUGGUCAAGUUCUGGUAUACCGAGUGUUGACUUAGAGGUGUUAAGAGGUGUUAAGAAUCACUUCACUAAUUUGCUGAGAAGGACGAUGCCCAUCCUUCCAGAUUCCACAAUUCUGUUGCAAGAGAGGAGUAACUGAAGAGAUGGUUUCCACCAACUGUUGAACUUCGUCGAAUUACUUAUUGUUUUCGACAUGAUGCCAACUUGGUGUGAGUUUCUCACGUUUGAAAGGUUGGGGAGUGCGACUGCUCGAGAACCCAAUGGACCAUCGAACCCACUGUGGUUGUUGCCCUGAAACUGAAUUCAAGACAACUGUAUCUAAUUAUUUUUACGGAGUCCACUUUCGGCAAAACCGUGACCAGUCAUAUUAAUAUAGGAACUCUUCUAACC